GAAACCACUUCUCGUUUGGUGUGGAUGGAGCACAGCAACCUGCUGGUUUCCACCUCCACUGACCUAUCGCACUGUUAUCAUCACCUGGAGAUCAAGGUGAUCAACGAAGCGCAUGAGCUCACGAGGCAACUACGAGCAGUUCUUCUCCCAUCUCUGCCUGCAGGAAGCUUGGCCGACCUCGCCCGAGAGAUUCUCGACAAAAUCAUCAAGUCCUGCUCCUUGGCUGCCUUCAUGCUCCAGUCCGGCGGCCAUGGCCAUCAAACAAGUAAACAGCACGGUGAGGGAGAAAGACCCAUGCUUGACGGUCACAAGAAAAGGAAGUCGCAGAACGCAUCGUCCAUAGUAACAUCUGUUCCGUAUGAAGAUGGACAUCAGUGGACAAAGUAUGGGCAGAAAAGAAUUAACGGUGCGAAAUACCCAAGGAGCUACCACAGGUGCAUUUAUCACAAAGACCAGGACUGCCCAGCAACAAAGACAGUGCAAAGGGUGGAUAGGGAUGCAGAUCCACCAGAGUUUAUUGUCGUCUAUAACAUGCAACACAGGUGCAGAUCCAGUGAUAGACACAUACCAUUUGUGAUGGAGUCUGCUGAAGCUUCCUUGGUGAAGAACCAGAGCCGAACUGAUACCCCCUCCGACGGUGACCCACAGAUGACCCACCUGCUACUCUCUGAUGAGAUAUCGAACAUAUCACUGACUCCAGAGCAGUGGAACCUGGACAACGAUUUGGAUCCUGUGAUGAGCUUGUUUGAGUUUGCUGAUGCAGAUCCAUUUUACAGCAGUGUUCUGAUGAAUCUACGUUAAAAGAGUUAGGAACGAUGCUUAUCGCUACUUAGUGCACGACACACGGCUCAAGUUAUUGAUGUGAUGGGUUUAUAUUAUAUCAAUAUCAAUAUUAUGCUGCC